UCUGUUUUGCCAUCACUGCUGUGCACACAUACAGGCAGCUCAAGGAAUAUGUUACGGUAGUUCUGUGUUCAACUCUUCAUGUGCAGACAUUAUUGACUUUUAUUUACUGAACAGUAUUAAUUUACCAUUUCUCAUAUCCACUUUAAUUACAGUGUCUUAAAUUCCUGUGUUGUUGUUUUUUAUUUAGAAGAUAUAACAAUCACAACACAAGAGAGUGACACCAUACAAAUGUAAUAUAAAGCUUCGAUACUGCAUGCAAAAGUAGACACAAAAGACACAAAAGAAAACAAUGCACAUUCAGAAAAUAUUUGUCAAACACUGACCUCUGACCAAGUAGAUAGCUAAUCAUACUUUAUGAUCAUGGGAGGGGCACAUAUGGCCAUUGUUUUGCUGGAAUUAACACUCAACCCUGCCUGUUCCCAUACUGAACUGACUAAAGAUUCCUCUGGGGGAUACUAAAGACCACCUGUCACCUCAUCUGUUACCACAAAGACAUCUCAAUCUCAACCAGUUAACCUAAAAUUCACUAUUCACACAAUAUCCUUUCCCAGUCCUGAGAUUGCUUAUGACCUAUGGGUCAAAACAUAGAACACAAUACAUACAAGUUUAGAUUUGGCUAUGGUUGGGGCAUGUCUCAACUCAUUUUCAGGUGGUGUUGAAUUGUCCCUAAAUACAAGUACAUUGUCAUUUUAAAGUACCAGUAGGAGGACCUCUAGAGGUGCAGUUGCAGACUGCAACCAUCGAAGUAGCUCAGUGUGUAGGACAAACCAUAGUGGCCACAAAACUUCUGAAAGGCCCCAUCUAGAGCCAGUGUUUGUUUUUUUAUGUUCUGGGUUACUCUUACUGGACCUUUAAACCCUCAUAAUGUUACGACUAUACAGUCUAUGCAGAGCUUUCAGGUUUGUGUGUCUUUUCUGCAAAAAGUAGCCUUAUGGAGACAUCAGUUUCUUUUUUGGAUUCGGUGUGGAUGUUUGAGCAUUGUUGUGUUUCAGUCAUGAAGCACCUUUUUAUUAGCUGCAGAAAACUCUUGAGGCGUGUAGUUUAAAUAUACUAACUGACAGAAGGACAAAAGCCACAGAAUCUCAGGUUUGAAAAUGGUUUACAGCAAAGAGUUUGUUCAAACAGGGAAGCACAUUACCUAAUCCAUAACCAACUCCCACCCACCCACAUCUACCUGCAUCUGACGCAGUUGUUAUAAGAGAUCUCUCUCAUCUCUUCAAAAAAAAUUCCAAGCAAUCAUGCCUGAGCUGCAGAGAGCUACUACCUUAUCACUGUUUAUUCUGUACCUGAACACAGUUUCUGGCUGUGAACUGUUUGGUAGGUUUAACAUGCCAAGUUUGUUCAAGCAGGGAGACAUAAUGAUUGGGGGGAUUUUCCCAGUUUUUAACAAAGAUGUAAGUGUCACUUCUACAUUCGAGAGCAACCCACCUGGAGUGAAAUGUGCACGAUUUGACCUGCGAGCUUUUCGGUGGGCCCAAGUGAUGUUAUUUGCAAUUAAAGAAAUCAACAAUGAUCUUGCUCUCCUGCCAAACAUAUCUCUUGGCUAUAGGAUCCUUAACUCUUGUUCAUCUCCAACAAAUACUUUACGUGCUGCACUAACACUGGCUAGUAGACCAGAGGAGAUAGAGUUGACUUCCCCUUGUCCUCCAGCUAUAUCUGCCCUCAUAGCAGAGGCAGGAUCAUCUCAGUCUUUAGCUGUGGCUGGAACUCUUGGACCAUUUCAAGUGCCAAUAGUAAGUUACUUCUCAACAUGUGCCUGCCUGAGUGACAGAGCUAAAUAUCCCACAUUUUUUCGAACAAUCCCCAGCGACUAUUUCCAGGCAAAAGCUUUGGCAGCAUUAGUCAAACAUUUUGGCUGGCAGUGGAUUGGGGCCAUACAGUCAGACAAUGACUACGGUCGGAAUGGGAUCCUGGCUUUUACUGAAGAGGUUAGAAAGCUUGGGGUUUGUAUUGAAUUUGUCGGGACAGUUUUACGUACGUACACUAUGGAUAAAAUUCUGGAUGUUGUGGAAAUGAUUAAGUAUUCAACUGCCAAAGUCAUUCUUGCUUUUGUUCCAGAGGGUGACUUUUACCCUUUGAUGAAAGAGGUUGUGAAACAGAAUAUUACAGGAAUUCAGUGGAUUGCCAGUGAGGCCUGGAUAACAGCAAGUCAACCUUCCACCCCUGAAAUCUACCAAGCUUUUGGUGGAGCCUUAGGCUUUGUGGUGCAGAAGAUGGCAAUUCCAAAUCUAAAACAAUUUCUUACAAGUAUUAGCCCAUAUGCAGAUCCAAAUGCAGCCUUUGUGAGGGAUUUCUGGGAAAUUAUAGUGGGCUGUAGACCGGUUUCACCUGGGGAAGACACAGGUACUGAGGCAAUAAAUGAAAUAUGCACAGGCAAUGAGACAUUAAUGAAUUCCCAGGAUGUGUUCUUCAAUGUCACACAGCUCAGAGUGUCCUAUAAUGUGUAUAAAGCAGUUUAUGCUAUAGCACAUGCCCUGCAUCAGCUGGUAUACUGCCAACCAGUUGGAGAAAAAACAGUGAGGCCAUGUUUGAAUAUAUCUGAAAUUCAGCCCAAACAGGUCACUGAUCAUCUACAAAGGGUGAAUUUUAGGAAUCAGUUUGGGGAUGAUGUGUUUUUUGAUGUCAAUGGUGAUCCUCCGGCUUCUUAUGAUAUUAUAAACUGGCAGCUGAUAGAUGGGCAGGUACAGCAUGUCACACUGGGUCAUUUUGCCUCUGCUGCUAACGGUGAUCAUAAGCUCAGCAUCAAGGAGGAAGACAUUGUAUGGAGGACAGGGAAAAUGGUUCCGACAUCGGUGUGCUCCAAUGUUUGUCCAAUAGGAACCAGAAAAGCUCAAAUAAAGGGAAGACCCACCUGCUGUUUUGACUGUAUCCCAUGUACUGAUGGAACUAUAGCCAACUCAACAGGGGCAGGCACUGAACUGAUUCUCUCAACAGGUGCAGCCGACUGCACACCCUGUCCACAGGAAUACUGGUCCAAUGAAAGGAAAGACGAGUGCAUUCCUAGAACCACCGAGUUCCUGACAUAUCAUGAGCCGAUGGGAAUAGCUCUCACAGUUGUAUCCCUGCUAGGGGCUUCCCUGUCGUUAGCCACAAUGAUGAUUUUCAUCCACUACAGAGAAACUCCUGUAAUAAAGGCCAGCAACUCUGAGCUGAGCUGUUUCCUGUUAUUUUCUCUUUUUUUGUGUUUUCUCUGUCCCCUCACGUUCAUCGGCAAACCCACUGUCUGGACAUGCAUGCUGCGCCACACAGCUUUUGGUGUGACAUUUGCACUUUGUAUUUCCUGUGUCCUGGGAAAAACUAUUGUUGUUGUUACAGCUUUUAAAGCCACACUUCCUGGAAGCAAAGUUGCAGGAAAGUUUGGUCCUGCACAGCAAAGGAUCAUAGUAUGCUCCUGCACAUUGAUUCAGAUAAUAAUAUGUGUGUUGUGGCUUAAAUUAAACCCACCGUUCCCAGACAUGGUUUUCAAAUACAGCAAUAUGAAGAUAGUGUUGGAAUGUAACACAGGCUCUGAGGCUGCUUUCUAUGCAGUACUGGGGUACAUAGGGCUCCUUGCUAUAAUAUGUUUGGUCCUGGCCUUUCUAGCAAGAAAGUUGCCUGAUAACUUUAAUGAAGCCAAGUUUAUCACAUUCAGCAUGCUGAUAUUCUGUGCUGUCUGGAUUACUUUCAUUCCAGCAUAUGUCAGCUCUCCUGGGAAGUUCACUGUAGCUGUGGAAAUAUUUGCAAUAUUGUCUUCAGCAUUUGGCCUAUUACUUAGCAUUUUUGCACCUAAGUGUUAUAUAAUAUUGAUCAAGCCAGAGAAAAAUACUAAGAAACAUGUAAUGGGAAAAACUGUAAACAAAUCAUGAUAUUUCCUUUAUUUUAAAAGAUAAUGCUGCUGUGACUUUAAUUUUCUAUAUAAUUUACUGUAGAAACAGUAAUAAAGCAAGAUGUUGUAGCAUUUAUAUAAUAUAGAGUUACAUCUACAAGUCAGUUAUUUGAUUUAUAAAUCUUCUAUUCAUGAUAUUACAUUAAAGAUACACAUGUUGUGUAGGAGAAACCCAUGGAUGAAAAUUAUUUCUUGAUAUAUUUUAAUUAACAUGCCUCAUAACAUGAUUUUCGUGCUGUGAAAAACUAAGUUGUAAAAUAUAUAAUGCAUUUAACCUCUAUACAAAUCAUUAAUAAUUUACCAUUUAGUACUAUUUAGUAGUACAGAUACAACAUUAUUCCAUUUGGUGAUCUUAUAAUGUUUGUGUUUUAUUUCCCAACAUAGCUAAUUAAUAAAACUGUUCUCUCUUCACUUGAAUACAUUUUGGGAAAAAAAAUAAUUCUAUAUCAACAAUUUCCCAAUCAACCAAAAGACCCUGUAAAUAACAUUUAUCAUAAAAAAAUAAAAAAUAAAAAAUAAAAAUAUA